AUGUCAUUAUUACGUUGGUCCACGCUACCUAGUAGCUUGAGCACACAAGUUGGCUAUUUAUUUUCAUCAAGAUUCGUUUUAGCAGUCCUUCCACAAUUUAGAGCAGGCGUUGUACGGUACUGCGUCCGUAAAACCAUUCGCAGCGCAGUGCGUCCGGUCUCGUUGUCAUGGGUAUCUUCUCAUCCAUUGCCGGGUCUCCCCUGGGCCUCUACGUACGUCACCGCGGCUCGUUCCUUUUUCUUCCACCGCCACCUUGUCAAGGGUGUUCUAACGAGUUUCUGUCCAACAGCUCUCGGCCCUGGGAGCCAUAGCCGCCGUCAACGCCAUCGGUGCGCGUGCGGAUCUUCGUGUCUGGCGCGCUAUGCAGCGCGUCGCGGCUGCCAAGCAGCGGCGGAUCCAGAGGUUGGAAGCGCAGCGGGGAAAAGGUGCCGAGCAGAGAAAGAUCGAGUGAGAAAUGAUCUUUCCUGCAAGGACGGCGUUGAUCCCAUUCAAUACUCGAGGAAGCCGUUUCGUGCAUAUCACUUCGAAUAUGCCUGUACCCAGCCCCUCAAAUCUCUCGCGUGCUCUCCGCUGCUCUUGUAG